CCCCCUCUCCCCCCCACGCCAGCUGUGGCGGUAGGUCGUCGUCUCUCAGACAGGUUCGGUGUACGUUCAGACACACACCUCUCCUCCUCAUCUUCCUGCUGAAACAUCACCUCUCCUCCAUGCUACGUUCAACACUGACCCUGUUGGCCUGUCUGAGUACUGCAGUCCACUCCGCCCAACAGCCAGACCCAUGGAAAGAUGUACACAGCCUACAAAAUGACUACAAAUAUGGCGGCCAAGGUGACGAGGCUCACCGCAGUAAGGCCUUCUGCUCCUGGAAGUGUCUCAAGUUCACCCUGCAGUGGCCCGGAGCUUUCUGUGUGACGCUGAACAACUGGACUCGCUGCAGGGUUCCAGAGGAUAUCAACACCUGGACCAUCCAUGGCCUCUGGCCUCAACGAGUGCAGAACUGUUGUGGAUGUUGGCCCAUAUUUCCUUCUGACAUCAAGGAGCUGGAUGAAGAGCUGUUGGCAUGGUGGCCUUCCUUACUGAAGGCCAAAUCCAGCUUCCAGUUCUGGAAAAAGGAGUGGGAGAAACAUGGUGUGUGUGUAGCGUGUGUGGAAGGGAUGAACUCUCCACUGCGUUACUUCCAGAUCUCCCUCACACUACGACGAUACUUUGACAUUCACAAAGUCCUGGAUGAGGCAGGUGUCAAGCCAUCCUGCAACCAGUCCUAUAAGGUUGUUGACAUCCACAGUGUUCUGGCUCCUCUCCUGGGUGACUCCUAUGAGACAGAGUGUGUGACAGAUGAUCAGGGCAGAGAGGUGUGGUUCCAGGUGAAGAUCCCCCUCUCUCGUAACCUGUCUCUAGGCUGCCCUCACGACCGGGGGUCCCCUGCGGAACGCCGCCCAGGACUGAUCGUCUCUCCGGGGCAUCGCUGCCCGCCAGAGGCCCCCCUUUACUACUUCCCCAUCGACUACCAGCAGCCACACCAGCCGUGCGGCUGAACACCACCACCACCACCACCACCCAGACGUCGUUUCAGAUUACACAAAAACGUCACUGGUGUCUUUUCUUUACCACCUGGGUCUUAGUUUCAUAGUUUUUCCCCAUCAUUCGUAUCAGUUAUGACAUCUUCUUAAUCACCGGCUUCAUUCAGUAGAUGUCGGACAUGGGACCACGGCUGGACUCGGCCUUACAGGGCUGUCUUAUUGGACAAGUGAACAGGAGUCUAGUGUGUCAGUCAGACUGUGUCGAUGACUGUCCGUUAUCUAUGACUAGUUUAUGGAUGUUACUACUACCUACCCUAAGUAUAGGCUGCUACUUCCUGCAGGGUGAACCAGGAAGUGGAUCGGCCAUGUCAUCCACCACAGACCAUAUGGGACAUUUCACACCAUAACUUAACUUACACUUUGGUUUUCACUUCCAAAUACGUGGGUUAGAUAAUUGGGUAAAAUUGGACUAGUUGAAACACGUGCAACCUGCAAAAAGACUCGCU